CGGUUGUGUGUCUGAAUGUAAAUAUAGGAACAUAGACCAGCUGGCUGUAUGCUAAUCGAUGACUGUGCCUACUUUGCCUAAUAAUUUGACAUUUGUUUUAUUUACUUUGUGGUCCGCGAGUCAGUUGAAACCACGUACGGUCAAUUACGAACCCUUUGAACCGGGAUAUUUUAAUACUGAGACAACCAGAAACCAUAACUGUAUUAACAACUUGUCCUUUUGUUGAGUCUGGAGUGUGUUUGAGUUAAUCUUUUUUUUUUUUUUUUUUUCUUUCUUUCUUUCUUUUUUUUAAUAUCAAGUCAGGUUUAGUCGUCAUCAUGCCCAAAGGAGGAAAAAAAGGUGGCCAUAAAGGUCGGAUGAGAACCUACACAAGUCCCGAAGAAAUAGAUGCUCAAAUGAAAGCAGAAAAAGAACGAAAUAAGACUGAAGACGAAGAAGGCGCGUCAGUGAACGACACCCAAAGCGAGGACAAACUGACAGGUUCAGAGGACAGCGAUGACGAGGGGUCUCUGAAAAGGAAGGGUGUUGAGGGCUUGAUAGAGAUUGAAAAUCCUAAUCGUGUUGCCCAGAAAGCAAAGAAAGUCACAGAGAUAGAACUUGAAGGACCCAGACAGCUUUCCAGAAGAGAAAGAGAAGAGAUUGAAAAGCAAAAAGCCAAGGAAAGGUAUAUGAAAAUGCAUUUAGCAGGAAAGACAGAUCAAGCUAAAGCAGAUCUUGCUCGGCUUGCCAUUAUUAAAAAGCAACGUGAGGAGGCUGCGCUGAAAAAAGAAGAGGAACGUAAAGCAAAAGAAGCAGCACAGUCAGCAGCAGCAGUGGCUAAAGGAAUACAUACGAUGUCUCUCAAAUAAUCCAGACAUAGUGGAUUCUUAAAAGUUUUGAUGUAUUUGUGGACAGUAUACAAUUAUAUUGUCAAUAUUAUGUUUGAAAACAAAGCUUGAUGAUGUGUUAUGCUAUGUAAAACAUUAUAACACAAUGUUCCAUUGAAGAGGAACAUUUCAGAGUACAUUAAACCUGAAACCAGGCAAUGCCUUUGCGAAAGCCCUGAUGCUUGCGCUCACUCAAUGAUAUUACAAAUAUAGACAUAUUUAUUAAUAUAUUAACAUAUUGCCACAUGCAACUGAGUGGAUUUUGCUGUCUCAGUUUCAAGAAUUAUUAAUUAAAUAAAGAAUAAUCUGUCCUCAGUUUUAAAGGACCUGGUAUAUUGUAGAAUGUUGUUCU